UGUGACAUCUGGGGCUGCUCCCCGCUUCUGCCGCGAGGGACGUGCAGCAACUGGGCAGUACAGCGACAUGGAGGUGCUGUUACCAGCUUGACAGCCUGGGAACCGGACCCUAUGAUUCGAUCCCAUAUUCGCGUACUCGCAACGAAUCGCGAGGGACUGGUUCAGGACAUAUACCCAAUGUCGUCUCCGUCGGCGUCGUCUUUGAUGGAUUGACACGUGGGCACAUACCGGGCGAUGAGCUGUUUCCGCGGCCAUGUUCUUUGUGGCUCAGAUCCGGUCACACUCCUGGCUCGUUGGAACCACGACGCCCAACGCCGGUACUCGUCCUGGGCAUGACGAUAAAAGGCCUCACGGAGUCGCGGAAGUCACGUCUCAUUCCCGGCUUGCAGGCGUCCUGGUCUAUGCGUUUGGCUUGCAUUUGGCUUUGCUUGCGAGCACCAGAUCACGAUUACGGCGCCACGAGGUCUCUUUUUCGAGUUCAUUCACGAACGACAAAUGAUGUACGAUUUCCUUCACUGGUCAUUGUUUGCCACAAAAAGUACCACGAAAAUAAUCCAUGGGUCCCGGAAUGGCACGAUACCGAAGAUUACAUAGCUGUUGAUAUCGGAGCGACGAGCAUCUGUUCCGAAGUGUCCGCCAUCUUUUCCUGCUUUGGAGUUCCGUCUACGCCUUCCAUCUCCAUUCGGUCACGAUCUCAGCUACACGUCUUAUUUCAUAUGAAGCAAGAUAUACAACCAUCUCGCGAUGAUUUGCAUUGGUAUCAACUUUGGAUGCCGUGUUUUCAGGCGCAAAGGACAUGUACCAUCACUGUUUGCCAGAAGAACUGCAUCCUAACGCCGUCCUGGGCAUGACGUUAAAGGGCCCUUUAAACACCAACGCAGCACGAGGCACCC